AUGACAGUACUAGUUAUACCAUUGGUCUCAACAGGUAAUGUUCCACAAUUAUCCACUGAUUUGAUUCUUCAUACUCUUUCGAAUGAGUUCCAAUUUGUCCAAGCUGUCGAUUCAACCUUUGUCCAUCCCUUUGUUGGACCUUUAGAUUAUGUAUUUGGCCAAGACGACCCUGAACUAUACAAGAACGUUCCUCAUAAACAAUACUCUACUGGGCUAGAGUUAUUCCAUAAUGAAUCCAAGGACUUAUAUGUAUUGCAGCAACGUUCACCUGUGAUACAAGGUUAUUUGAAUAAUUUUAUUAAGCGGUCAAUUGUUCCAUUGUUGAAUAAAUAUGGAAUCGAUGAGGUAGUAAUUGUAGAUUCUUAUGGUGCAUUAGAUGAAGAUGUACUAGUUCCAUCUUCGAUUGCAACGAGGAAUGGGAACCCAUUUUCAUUAGGUGUCAUUGAUUUGAAUUCAAUUGGUGAUAUGUCAAGAGUUUUCGACACAAGUUUAAAUUUAGGUGAAAAUUCGAAUCAAACUUCUAACAUUGCAUCUACACUUUUCACCUUCACUGAACAAAGUCUUCAACAAGAGAUUUCGACACGUCAGGAAGUCUUUAAAUUUGUUUACCAUUUAUUGAAUUCACAAUUGAAUAGUUUGAAGACUAUUAAAUAUUGUAGUUUAUUUGUUCACGAGGGUGAUAAUUCUUAUGAUGCUUCUGUACUUUGUGAAUAUUUACCUCAAGCAAUCGAUAAAUUGAACAAGUUGGAGAAUUUACAAGCUCCUGUGUCAUGGAAAGGUGUAUAUGGUCAAAAUCCCAUCCGUACUGCAUUUGAUGAAGGUAUUUAUAUGUAA